AGAACAGUACUUCUGGUUUUUAUCAUUAAUGAACAAACUGGGGAAAUCAGCUAUGUCUUUAGAAAGUGCACUUGUGGUUAAACAGGAAUCAAGUGACCAAGCAAUACAAUUUAUGGAUUUAAAAUUAGAUGAAACAUUGGCAAUUUCAACUUUAGAAGAUGUGAAACCUAAUUUAACAUUGAUUUCAACUUCAAAUGUUAUCAAACAAAAUAUAUCAUCACAAUCUUCACCUUUUGAAGACAAGUCAAAUGAAACAGUUGCAUUUUCAACUUUACAAGAUCAACAAUCAGAUGAAACAUUUUCUUAUUCUAAAGAUAUGAAACCAAAUGUUUCAACAGAAUUUUUAAAGUGUGAUGUUAUGAAAAAGGAUAUCUUAACAUUUUCAUCAUUUAAGGGUGAAAACGAAAAUAGCUUAGAUGUUGAAAGACAGCUUGAAUAUUUACCAGACUCUGAUGCUUUUAUUGAAAAUUUUACAGUUUUAAAAUCAGAUCUUCAUCAUGAUUUAAAAGAACUCAAGAAAUUGCAUAAAGAAGUUAUUGAUAAUUCUGAAGACAGAUGCAAUGAAUGUGAUGUGUGUCAUAAAAAGUUUGCAAAUAAAUCUAGUUUAAAUGCACACAAAAUCAUUCACUCUGGACUUAGGCCAUAUGAAUGUGAUGUGUGUCACAAAACUUAUAUUAGAAAAUUUGAUCUGUCUCUACAUAAAAAUGUUCAUUUACCAAUUAAACCACAUGAAUGUAAUGUGUGUCAUAAAAGGUAUAGACAGAAGACUAGCUUGUCUACACACAUAAAGAUUCACUAUGGACUUGAGCCACAUGAAUGUGAUGUGUGUCAUAAAAAGUUCCUUACGAAGUAUAGUUUAAUUAUGCAUAAAAAUAUUCAUGCUGGAAUUAAACCACCUGAAUGUAAUAAGCAUUUAGGACACAAACUAUACCAAUGUGAUUUGUGUCAUAACACAUUUACUAAAAAGGAUGUCUUAUCGAAACAUAUAAAUAUUCAUCUUGGACUGAAGCUUCAUAAAUGUGAUGUGUGUCAUAAAAAGUUUACUCAGCAAAGUUCUUUAUUUAUACAUAUAAAGAUUCAUUCAGGAGACUUAAGACACGAAUGUGAUGUGUGUCAUAAAAAGUUCGCUAGGAAGUGUCAUUUAUCUGACCAUAAAAAUAUACAUUCUAAUCUCCAGCUUUAUGAAUGUGAUGUUUGUCAGAAACGUUUCAAUGUUAAACAUCGUUUAUUUCAGCAUAAAAAAAUUCAUGCACAAAUAAGACCAUAUGAAUGUGAUGUGUGUCAUAAAAGGUUUACGAAGAAAUCUAGAUUGUCUACACACAAAAAUAGUCACUUUGGACUUAAACUUAAACCACAUGAAUGUAAUGUGUGUCAUAAAAGGUUUAGCCGGAAAGAUAAUUUAGAAAAACAUAAAAAUAGACAUUUAGGACACAGACCAUACCAAUGUGAUUUAUGUCAUAAAAAAUUUACUGACAAGUGUUUCUUAUCUAAACAUAUAAAUAUUCAUCUUGGACUAAAGCUUCAUAAAUGUGGUCUAUGCCCUAAAAAGUAUUUUCAGAGGUCCCAUUUAUCUCGACAUCAAAAGACUCAUUCUGGGCUUAGGCCACAUAAAUGAUGUUUGUCUUAAAAACUAUUCUCGGAAAGAAAAAUGUUUGGAGCAUUAAAAAAAAAGGUUCAUUCAUGCAGUCCAUUUGAAUGUGAUGUGUGUCAUAAAUUGUUUUCUUGGAAAUAUUCUCCAUCUACCCAUCAGAAGUCUCUUACAGGAAAUUAGCCACCAACAUUUGAUGUUGGUCAUUUAAUUUCUAAAGAAAAGCAAACACAAUCUGUUUUUUUUUUUAACUUAGUGUUUAAGUUUAAAUUGUGAGGAUUUUUCUUGUAAACAUUUGAAACAUCAGCCUGUAUGACUAUGAUGUCACUAAGAGUGCAAUUUAUUCAAGGUAAAAAAUUAAUUUUGUUAAAUUAUGCAACAAUUCCUAAAUACUCACACAAGAGAAAAAACACUUCAAAGAAAGAAUGGAUGUCAUAAAUCAUCACAGCACAUUC